AUGAACAACACAGUUUCCUUCGUCAAGGACAAGGAGAGGGAGAAGAAGGACAAGAAGGAAAAGAAAGAUAAAGACAAGAAAGAUAAACUAAAGGAUAAAGAGAAGGAUAAGGCAGAUAAGCAUCAUCAUUUAAAGAUACUUCAUAAGAAAUCACUUAAGAAAUGGUUGGUAAAGAGCAAGAGCAAACAGAUGUUCGAUACCUACAAUAUCAAAGACAUUUCAUCAGCAGACACAAAGUCUGCUGGUGUUGGUGGACAAGGUACUGGUCAAUCAUAUAGGUCAAGUGUAUCAUUGGCUGCCAAUGCAACCAAUGACGAUGAUGAUAGUGAUGAUGAAGAUGAUGAUGAUGACAUUGACUAUGCCAAGAUUGAUGAAUCGAUAAAGAAAGAGGAGAUACAGGCAAUGACAUCAAAAGAUGUUACCAAUAUGAUUGUUCAGCGAUUGAAGAUGUCAUACUCUGAGCCAUUCAAGUUUACAACCUUGUCAGAGGCACUUGAGGUGGCACAAGAGGAUCAUACACAUCUGAUAUUCAUGGUUUACUGUGUGGAUUGGUUUGACUUGGCUAGGAACACCGCUAACAACUUUAAGCAGCUGUCAAAGGAGAAGGAUGUUACUGUGUUCUUUAUUGAUCAAUCCUCCCCGGACUACGCCAGAGAGACCAACUCUGAGAUUGCUGGUGUUCCAUCUAUCAAGAUAUUCUAUCGUCAACAACCAAUAAGGAUCAAGCGCUCUGAUCUGGAUCAUGAAUGGACAGACGAGGAGCGUCUCAAUGGUUACCCCUCACCGUCCAACAUCCAACAGCUAUUGAUUGAAUGCAGAAGCUGUAAGCAAAACUAUGACCAGCAAGUUUCCAUCGAUCCAUCAAUGGUACUAGAGAUAAAUGUUGGCUUCUAG